AUAGAAGGACAAGGGCUAGCAAUAAUAAUAAUAAUAAUUAGUCCACUUGGUUCCCGUCAUCAGCUUUUGUUGUGUAUAAAAAGAGACGAUGCUGUAACGAAAUAUUUCACAUAGACACACACAUCAUAAUCAAGGCAAGAUAUAUGGCAUCUUCGUCUUCAUGGACACUGAAGCAGAACAAGCAAUUCGAGGAUGCUCUGGCCAAGUACUACAAGGACACACCCGACCGGUGGCACAACAUUGCCAGAGCCGUCACCGGAAAAUCCCCCGACGAUGUCAGGCGCCACUACCAAGCCCUUGAGAAGGAUAUAAUCAAGAUCGAGAACGAUCAAGUCCCCAUACCUAACUACAACGACCAUAGGCUUCUCAAGAAUCUUAAGUUGCAGUGAUGUAUGAAGUUGGCUUCAGAGAAAUUAAAAUUAAAUCGCCAUUGUGUUUAGGGGGGAAAAUGGUACGUGCUGAGGCAUAUGUGUAAUAUAUAUAGAAAAUAUUUUCGACCGCAUGCAUCAUGGCAAGUAUGGUUGUAUCAUCAUACAUGUCAACUGUUUAAUAUUAAUGGAAGUCUUA